AUAAUUGCGAAACGAAUUUUUGCAAUCUAUUGUUGUAAUUUUUUAGACACAAAAGGAACAAACUUGUUUUAUAUCCAUCAAAAUCUGUGCCAGUCUCGCCUGAGAAAGAGAAGAGAGAGAAAAUGAAAGUGAAAAUGUUCCGGUUUCCUAAACUCGGUCGAUUAGAACGAGCGAAGCCACGAAUUUCUGGUCCUAAAAAAGUCACGCACAAUCUGCACGUGGCAUUUGAUAAAUCCACAGGAGAAUUCAAGGUUUUCUAUUCGAAUGGUUUUUUAAAGGGUCUUCCGAUUUCGUGGCAGAUGCUUUUAACAGCAACAAAAAUAUCAGGAAUGGAACAAGAAAAAAAUCCGGAAAUCCUUUCUGGUGUACUACAGAGUUUUGAUGAAUCAGUUAAACAGAAAGAUAAAUAUAUGACAAAUGUAUCUGUCAUUCCGAGUAUGUUAUUUCAUUCUUGUGUGGAUAGCAAUAGUAGCGGUCGUGGUAGCAGCUGCACCACUAAUAGUGGCAGUGGUAUGAAUAGUAGUGAGAACAGUCCUACAAGUAUUCUCCCUCCUAGUAUGUCACUAUCUCAAUUGCCGUUACAAUAUAACAACUGUUGUUCAUUUGUCUCCUAUCCACCGUCACCGCAGUCUGGUCCACCCCAUGCAACUGUCGUAUUGAGAGAUUUAGAUUUUGCUGAAAGUUGUAACAAUAAUUCUGAACUCGGCAGCAGUAUUAAAGAAGCAGGUACUUUAUGGCAUACAUAUUUACAUCAUAAGACCAUCGCCCAAUCGCCCACGUGUUUGCCAUUUCAAGGGGGUAGAUUUGUUCCAGAAUCUUGCAUGAUGGUUGGAGAGUCUACAUCUGUUGACGAGGAUGAGGAUGCUAAAGAUGGAGAUGACGAACAGGAAGAGUAUGAAGAAGAAGGUGAGGAGUUAGGUGAAGAUAAGGACAAGAGUGGGAAUCAACAAAGUGGACUGAACAAUCGUGAAAUGACUACAUCUGAGGUGGCUGUUAAAUGGAUGACAAGCGGUGGAACUUGUGGUGAUCUCCCUAUUCCAAUGAAUAUGUGCAAGGCAUCUAGAAAUGGUGUAACCGGUGAAGCUUUUGGUAACCGAAAUGGUGUAACCGCCCAUAAUAAAACUUCAUCAACGAACAGUGGGAGUGUUGUGAAUUCGGUCAAUGUUAGUAAGGGCAGUGGAACAUCGAAGACUAUUCAGUCACCAACUCCCGAUAAAAGUGUACUACCAGCUGUUCCAGUCAAGCCACAAGAUCCAACACAUGUGUUUCGCACACAACAACAAACUGAAAUACACCAAUCCCCUCAUUACUCUCCACACCAAUCUCCUAAUAAUAAAAUGGAUUCCGACAAGACUGUUGGGAUGACCGCAUCAGAAGCCGUAGUAGCAACAACAACGACUACUACUACUAAUACUUUUGAGAAUGCAAUCAAAUCGACUAUACCUAGUACACCUAAACGUCGUAUGAGAAAUCAAUUAACGGAUCAACAGGUACUCGAUAAAUUGAGAACUAUUGUAAGUGAAGGUGAUCCGUAUCAGAAAUAUCGUAUGGUACAUAAAAUUGACCAAGGGUAGGUAUUUUUUCGAAUUUCUUGAAGUGAAACGACCUCAGUGUUUUGUUUAGUUCUAGGAAAUAGGUUUCUCGGGGUCUGUCUAAUUACAUAAUCUAAAUACCAUUACUUAUAGGCUUGCGGUAACGAUCAGAAUGGAACAGUGUUAUAUUCUUCAAACAGUAGAUUCAAAUUACUAAGCAACAACAACUAUUUGAAUAACAAUGAGCGAGCUGUUCUUAUUGUGUGUGAUUUUUUAGUACUAGCAUUUCACUG